UUGAAUUAUAAAUUCAUAGCUUUAUUAUAAUGGGUUUUAACAGGUACGAAAAGAUGGCUGACGAACUUCCUAAAGAUGUCGCAAAGUGGAGUAUAGAUGAUGUUGAAACAUAUCUGACAUUUAAAAUGGAUGGCUUUGAUGAAGAUGAUAUCAAAGCUAUCAAAGAUGGGGGAGUUAAUGGAAAAUGUCUCUUUCAGUUGACCGCAGGAAUUCUUGUUUCGGAGGAGUUCAAAAUUAAAUUCACGCAUGCAGUCGCAAUCAUGGAAUUAGUUAAAGAGCUCAAUGAUAAACGAGAUAAGGAAGUAGAAGAACAAUUAGAAUCCUUAUCCCUAGAUAAGACAAAAAAGACUCCAGAAAUUGAUGCAUCUCGAAAUGUUAAUGCAUCCAAAGAUGUAUUUCUAUAUCAGUUAUUCAAUGAAGGAUAUAUCAAGCAAGGUGAUCUAUUGCUAUAUUGUAGAAAUUCCAAUACUCAUGGCACAGUUAGUUUCGUACGUAAAAUUGUAAACGUCAAUGAAAACAAUCAAAUUAUUACUUCGCUCCCUGACGAUUCUCAAGAAUCUUUAUCAAAAUCUUUAACUCAACUUGAAAAGACGGUUGUCGAUGACAUUAAUAAUGAUCGUCGUUUCAAUGAUAAUAACAAGUUAAAACCUAACAACAACCCCUUUCCAUACUUUUUUGUGGGGACUUCGCUUUUUGAGUUGAGAAAGAAGUAUGAAGAAAGAAAUACGAAGAGUAAAUAGUGUUACAGAUUUUGUGAUGUGAAACUGUAUAGUAGUUGCUUCGGAAACCUUGUAAAUAAUAAAUUUUCGAUUAAUUAUUUCUUGAUUUAAACACGGAAUCACGCUGUGAUCA